UGUUCAUUUCAAUGUCUUUAUCGAAAAGGAACGAAUUGCGCAAAUUAUCAGUAAUUUUAAUCGCUAUACAUAUUUAAUCCUUCAAAGCAUGAAUCGUUUAUCUGAAUUCCCCGUGGCCGUACGGUGAACUCAUCGAUUAAUCGUGUAAUUCGUGACGCGAAACCGCUCCCGUUUGACAUUACGCUCGAGAUGAUUCGAUAGUAUCGAGGUUUUUUGGCAGGUCGAAAGAAAGAUGUCCCUCGAUGGUAGAUUAGAAUGUUAUUAGUCAUUCGGUGUCGUGUUUGUAAGUAAAUAUCAGCUGGAUGCGUAGAGAAGAACGUAACGUAAUUCCGUGACAGCGCGUAACGGACGUAACUGUCGAACAUAGAUCGAUUAAAGGAACCACGUCGAAAAUGGGUCUUUUCCAGAAUUCCUCGCCUUUCGACGCUGACGUUGAAAAGGCAACCAGUGAGAAGAAUAUGUCUAUAGAAUGGGGAAGUAUGUUGGAUAUUUGUGAUAAAGUGGGAACUUCUACCCAAAAUGCAAAGGAAUGUUUACGGUCGAUUGUUAAAAGACUAUAUUCUCCAGAUCCACAUAUCGUUAUGCAAGCAUUAACAUUGUUAGAUGUGUGUGUCAUCAAUUGUGGAAAAACAUUUCAUCUGGAAAUUGCAUCAAGAGAAUUUGAAAAUGACCUGAGGAAGCUUGUUAAUCAUUCUGAACCAAAGAUUGCUGAAAAAAUGAAGGUACUUUUAAAGAAAUGGGCUGAAAAUGAUUUCAAAACUGAUCCUCAGUUAAAUUUAAUUCCAAGUUUGUACAAUAAACUUAAAAAUGAAGGACAUGACUUUACUUCUACAUCAGAUACGCCCAAACGUAUAAGUGUAUUAAGUAAAGAUCCAAAUGUAGUAACAAAUUCACAAGAAGAGGAAGACAUUGCAAAAGCCAUAGAACUUUCUCUUAAGGAAAGUAAAGCUCAUAGUCAAGCAUCCUCUUCACAUAGCUCACCAGCAUCUAAUAAAUACACCAGUUUAUACCCUAAUGUAAGUUCUGCACUUGGUGCCUCCAGCAACUCCGAAGGCAGGAAGGUCCGUGCUCUGUAUGAUUUUGAGGCAGCAGAAGAUAAUGAAUUAACAUUUUUUGCAGGCGAAAUAAUUAACAUAUUGGAUGAUUCUGAUCCAAACUGGUGGAAAGGCAGUAACCAAAAUGGAGAAGGACUAUUUCCCUCUAACUUUGUUACUGCAGAUUUGUCUAUGGAGCCUGAACAGUUUACAAAAUUAGAACACAGUAACAAAAAAAUGGUUCAGUUUGCUGAAGAGGUAGAAGUAAAAACUGUAAAGAGAGAACCAGAAGUGGUUGAAGUUGAAAUAGAUGAAAGAAAGAUGGACAGACUUUUACAUUUAUUACAUGAAGCUGAUCCUCAAUGUGAUAAUUCGGAUCCACAAGAAAUGCUUGAUUUAGAAGAACAAGUUACUGCUAUGGGACCGUUGAUAGAUGCAGCUUUAGAAAAAGUAGACAGGAGGCAUGCACAGCUAACUCAGUUAAGUUCUGAUCUGGUGGAUGCUCUUAAUUUGUAUCAUACAUUGAUGCGAGAACCACCACCUCCUACACCAUCAAAUUAUACCCUACCUAAGAUGCCACCUCACAUAAACCCUUAUCAGUUUCAAAAUCAGGGACCACCACCUCCACAUAUAUUUAAUGGAGUACCUCCACCUCAUCAAACUUCCUUUCCUGUUGGAGGUGGUCCACCUGGGCCAUAUAAUGCGACUAUGCCACCUAACGAAUACAUGGGUCCUGCAAGCAUGCCAAACAUGACAUUACCACAACAUUUUCACGUGCAACCAGCGGGUUCGCAUCAGCACCCACCAGGAGGACAUCCUCACGGACCACCUGUGCCAGAGCAAAGCAAUGUACCUUACUCACAUCAAGGAUAUCCACCUCAAACUGGUACUAUGCCAGGACCAUAUGGUCCACCAGGACCAACAGGACAUCCGGUAAGCCAACAACCUCAAUAUGCUCCAUCAAAUGGGCAACACAUGAUGUAAAGGGAUGCUACAUGUUUCAAAUUCACCCUGUACUGUAACUCAAGCUAUACAAUAUCACUAUAUUAUAAUUAUUUAAAUAAACAUACCCGAAGUAGCCAAAGAUACUGGGUUUUUGAUGAAAGUUUUGCAUUCGAAACUUACCGUGUAAGCUUAUUACAGGCACAUACACGACGAAAUAACUAAAAAAUGCAUUAAGCGAAAUGCGAAUUAUUUUAUUAACGUUUGAUUACCGUUAUGGUAUAUAUUCUUCUCAAAAAGCGUUUGUGUCAGUCAUUGAUUCAAUUUCAACUAACACAUUCCUUUGAUUCGUUAGCAACCGCUAUUUCGUUUCGCAUUUCAACUGUAACAACCUCGUUACAUUCAAAGUGUUGAAGUGAAAAAUAAUGCACGGAAAAGUCAGAAAAAAAGAAAAAAAUACUGAAAUAUAAAAUCAAUUUAUAAAUAUUGAUAUAUUGUUUUUAAUCAUACGUCGAAAUUAUAUCGCGUAACAAUUUUAUUAUACUUAUUUAUAAUAUGUUGUAUAAAGUUUAUCGUAUGUUUGUAAUAAGUUCUGAAGAAAACUGCACCGCCGUUUAACGUAUAAUUACGCUAGUACACAAAAACUGUACACAAAAAAUGGUGGAGACUGUAAUCGAAAGAACUACCGUAUUUUAUAGUUUUUUACUAUCAUUCAUUAUUAACAAUUAUGAAAGGUCCUUAAUAUACGAUUGUUAAAAUAUGAAAAUUCUUUCCUUAAAUAAAAAAAAGAAAUACAGAAAGAAAAAGAAAGAAUUAAAGAUCAUAGUAGCUUUGAAAGAAGCAGCUCGAAUUAAAUAUUGUCGAGGUACAUAUAAAUUUAAGAACAAUUAUCACGACAAGACGUUUGAACUUGGUCUAGUCUGUCCACUGUGUAUAAUAAAACAUAUUUCCUAUUAAUCGCUUAUCGAGAAAUCUGCGAGAAACUUUUUAUGAAUUGUUAAUGCAUAAUACUCGCAUAUAGUUGCGUUCAUACCGUCGUAAAAGCGGCCCUGUCUGUGUUAAAGAAAAAGACGAAAAAUAAGAAAAACAUAAGGAAAAAUACGACUGUAUUCUUUUAAACUUACAUUAAAAUAGGAUUUAAAGGUUUAAAAUUAGAAUAAUGCGAUUCUCAAGGAUUUCUUUAAUAGGCCUUUAUUUUUAAGAUAUUUAUAAGUGAAGUUUAUAUUUCGAAGUUAAAACAUGAUAUUAGUACCAAUUUAUAGGCCAAGAGAAAGUUUUAGUAGGUCAGUGAGUGAAUCACUGUUAGACUGUAAUUUCAGAUUUGUUGAAGUACAAAAAUGAGCAAGGAAAGUAAUAAACCCGAUAGAUUAUGAAAAUUACUUUUUGCAUAUAUGAAACAUACAAUAGAAAAGAUACUUCAUUCGCAUGAAUUUCUCACGUUACAUUAAGUCUAAUAGUAAAAUGUAUAUAAUCCCGUAUUUGAAAUCUGUAUACUAAUUAUCACUCUUAUUUGAUUUGAAAUAGUUUAUAUUUCUUAUGAACUAAUUAAAAUAGUUAAAUUAAAGUGUUUCUUUUUUUUAUGUAUAUUAUACUUUCAAUUUAACUUCUCUUUAUACAAGUUACUUUUUUCUAAUUUCUUAGUAAUUAAUAAGCAAUAAAUAUCUACAUACACACGUCUAAAAAUAGAUUGUUAAUAAGUUUGAAAGAAUUUGAUUCAAAGCUGAAAACAAUCUCAAAUUUAAUAUAACUUAAAGGGGUUGCUUCGUAACUCGAAUUGAAAAUUAAACGCAUGUAAAGAAUUUCUUCUAACGAAAAUAUUGUAAAGUACAUCAUUGUAAAGUAUGACAUCUUUCCAUCUAAUGAACAUUGUAAUAAGCAUAUAUAUAAACAUUCUUAUAAAAUGUACAAUCAUUUAGACUCUUAGAUUCUAAGUUUUCAUUAGGUUCAAGUAUGCAUUUUUUUAUCAUUUUUCAAGUUUCAUUCGAGACACUGAGUAACCCCCUUAAUGUUUCUCAGAAAAGACAGGGCGCAUUGAUACGAUAGUGCAAUAUAUACUUGGGCGGCAUAGAAAUUUAAAAGGAACGGAAUAAACUGCGUCGAUAACGUGUAGAAAGAAAAAAAAAUGAAAUAAGAUCAUGUAAAAAUCUUGUAAAGCAAUGUCGGUAAAAAGAAGCCACAUAUGUGUAAAAGUAAGUCACAUACAGAUGUAUUGAGCGAAAAAAAGAAGACUAAGGAAGAGGAGAAAAACGUAUACUGUACUUUGUAUAUGUACCUAGAGAAAAAAAGAGAGCGAGUGAGAGAGAAAAAAGAGACAUAGAAAGUGAUAGAGGAAUAGGUCUUAUUACAAAAAAAAAAGAAAAAUAGAUGUAAUUUACAUUGUAAAUGUUACGUUGCCAUUAAACUCUCAUUAUUUACGUAAGUGAUACUGAAUUCCUUUGUUAUAUUUUUGUGAAUCGUAUCGUUCAAAGUCUGUAAUAUAACAUUUAGUUUUUUAGUAUUUCAAAAAAAAAAAUGAUCUUGAAUCAUCUAGUUUGGACAUCGUCUAAUGUACAGAAUAAGUCAUACAUAAGGAAAAUAAAUGAUACGUUUGGAUUUGAAUAAUUUA